UGUCUUUGUGUUCUCCAAAGUGUUCUCUGUCAAUUGUCGUACUCGAGCGGCUCCGACGACCGGAGACAAAUUCCUUGUGUGUUUUCUGGACAUACUUGGCAAAUAAAGAGGAUUCUGAUUCUGAACCUGAUCUAAUAGAAACAAAAUUCUAAUAUGAACAGAAAUUCAAGUAGUCCAUUUUUUUAAAGAAAAAACAGUUUUACAGGUGGAAACGGGCUCUGUUAUGUGGAGAAAAGGAUAAAAUAAUAAUCAUUAUUAUUAUUAUUAUUAUUACAUUUGUACUUGUAGAAACGGGCUUCCUGUGCAGCUAAAAGUAAUGAAAGGAAAUCAUUCAUUUAUUGAUGUAUUUAUUUGACUGUUGGAAAUCUCAGCUCGGUGUUGUCAACGCCAAAGCAAAAAGUUAUUCGUAUUAGUGUGAUGUCACUUUUUGAAACAUUUGACUUUUUCUCGUAACCUUUUUCUGCGCGCUGCGUGUUUCAUUUUCUUAUUAGAACACACAAAAUGUGCAACGGCCAAAAUGCGGUUCUGAAUCGAGUGAAUAAAUGAUAUGAUUUAUUCUUGAGCGAAUUACUGAGGUUUACACAUCACAAGAUACUUCGAGGUUCGUGAGUGAAAAGUCAAAUGAUAGCUUGGCGUCUUUGUCUUUUCGGCUUUUCGACAGUGUCCGCGAAUGCAGCAGCGGGUGUCACGUGACGCUCCCGGGAGGACACCGGAAGCACGAGUUGCCGCGCGCGUCCCGCCACCCUAAAAGCAAACCUUGUGCAACUUGAUGAAAAAAGGGCAGCUCAAAUAUUUGCUUGGUGUUCUCAGCUGCGUUUACGUGAGCUUUGACGCGCACUUUGUGCAAAAAAAAUGGAAAUGACGGCCGGUUUUCCACCGCUGCGGUAGACGUCACCGCGACGACGUGUCCGACCGUCCGCAGAUUGGUGGAGGCUCGAAGAGUUUUGGGGACCUUUCAGGGCCUUUAAAAAAGAUUCUUGAAAAUGUCAGUAAUUAAAAAAAAAUAAUAAUAAUAAUAAUAAAAAUCCUAUAUCAUUCAAAGACAGUUGUAAGAACUUUCACGAGCAAAAAAAAUUCUUUAAAAAACGUUGAGGACCUUCCUUCUAGAAGCUUCAUGCGCACGUGUUGAUCAUUCCAUUUGAAGUGUUUCCGGGCAAAAGUGGGACUUUUCUUUUGCUCAGCACCACGAAACCUGCUUGAAAAAGGGGCAAAUGGACGGUGUUGUCAUCGACUCUGGCGCCACCUGGCGGCUGGAAGCCGCCGUCUGACGGCCUGGCUGCGCGCGCAUCCGCGAGGCGCUUCCGCCUUCUUCUCCGGGUGCGAGGCGCUUCUUAUUUCUUGUGCUUUUUCGGCCGUUUUUAAGCAGGCAUUUGUCAGCAGUCGACGAAGAGGAGGAGGGAGAGGAAGGUGACGAGGACGACGAGGACGACGGACAAGAAGCGGACGUCACGUGGUAGCCAAAAGCUCAAGAAGUGACGGGAGCGCCAACAAGUUGGCUGGAAAAAGCCAAACCGCGAUGAAAAAGCAGCAAAAGCAGCUCGCCGGCGACGAUCUCCAAAGUCAACGAGCGCCUUCGUUUGUUUGAUAGUGAACUUCAAACUUCUGUCAACCAAUCAAUCAAUCUGUCGUGAAAAGUAUUGGCCCCCUUCUCAAAUUCUUCAAAGUUACCUGGCCCGGUGUGGGAAAUCGAGGAGACGACCUCCGGCGGGGCGUCCGUGUGAAAGCGUGCCGCCGGCCCGAUGCUGCGGCUGCCUCGCCCGCGCGUGCGCUGGUCCAGCGGGGCCACGCAGACGCUGGUGGUGUUCGCGCUGACGUUCUGCGCGGUACUUCCUGUGUGUUGCCACCGCCUGCUGCACUCCUACUACUUCCUGCGCUCCGCCUACUUGGACGCCGCCAGCGAGGACGCCUUGCGCCAGAGUCUGCGGCGCGGUCAGGACGCGCUGCGCUUCUGGCAGAGCGCCUCCGCCCCGGCGCCCUCGCCCGCCUCCGCCCCGGCGCUUUCCCGGCCUCCCGAGCUGCUGGUCGCCGUGGUGACGGCGAGGCGGCGCGAGGCCCUCCGGUACCACUACCUCCUGCAGGUGACCCGCGAGCUCACCGCUCUUCUGAGCGGCUGCGGGGAGCGGCCCUGCGCCCAGGUGGUGCUGUGCGACGUGCAGAGCGGCCCGGACGUCAACGAGGACGCCGAACUGCUGGAGCGGCACUUCCCCGUCAUCCGCCGGCCGUACCGGAGCAGCCUGCCCCUCGACACCUUCGAGCGCGAGAAGCGCGACUACGUGUUCUGUCUGCGCCGAGCCUUCCGGCUGGCGCGGCCCCGGAACAUGGUGGUCCUGGAAGACGACGCCGUGCCCCGCCCGGACUUCUUCCGGGUUCUGAACGAGCUCCUGAGUCGGCGCUUCGCCGCCGAGUCGCUCUACGUCAAGCUCUACCACCCCGAGCGUCUGCAGCGCUACUGGAACCCGGAACCCUACCGCAUCCUGGAGUGGGUGGGUCUGGGCCUGCUGGGCGCCACCCUGCUCCUGCGGCUCCUGACCGUCUGGAACCCCUGCUCGUUGUCCUUGCGCAUGUCCGCCGGGCACCUGGCGCUCCUGGCCGUGUACGUGAUGGCGGCGGCCGAGCUGCUGGGCCGCCACUACCUCCUGGAGGCGCGGCGCCUGUCCCCGCAGCUCUACGCCGUGUCGCCCGCCACCGAGUGCUGCACGCCGGCCAUGUUGUACCCGGGCAACGCCUCCCUGAGGGUGGCCGCCUACUUGGACCGAGCCGCCUGCUCGAGGGGCAACGCCAAGGACACGGUCCUCUACCGGGCCGCCCGCGACACGCCCGGAGAGCGCGCGCACAGCGUGGAACCCAACCUGGUCACGCACAUCGGAGCGUUCUCCUCGAUCCGGCCCAACCCAGGCUCGGCCCAGGCUGCUUUGACCCCCGUCGGAGCGCUUUGGUUGACUUCCGCGAUCCCGCUUUAGACCGCUUGGGAACACUCUGGACUACCGUGGUGCCUUGACUUAUUUGCCCACUUUGAAAUGAAUUGAAAAGUAAUUAUUCCCAUCCAAGAAUCUACUCAAGCUCGAUGUGUUUUUUCGACGACGACAGGUGAAUAUCGGUCAUCUGUUCGAAACGUUCGAGUGAGAUUGUUGUGUUCCACAAUGGAUCACUGAAACGUGUGCCGACGGCACGGGUUUGAGUCCCCGAAUCCUGUCAAAUGUGUGCCUUGGCUCAAUAAAGUCGAAGAAUGAUCAUCAACGCGCUCGACUGGAUGCAUUUGCUUUGCCCUUCCGAUGCUUGAGGCGAGGUCACGGGACAACAUUGGCAGCUCACUUCGGCUCCGCCCCCUCAGCCGUCACUCAAAUAUCAGUUUGCGUCCUUUACACUGUGUCCGACGUACGGCCCGGGGGCCAGAACCGGCCCGUCAGGGAACCCAAUCUGGCUGUGUGUAUUUUGAAACUCUUGAUUUUUAUUUUGACUCAAGCACCGUAGAAUCGGAAGUGCUGUGUGUCACCCGACGUGACGUGUGUGAAGCCGAGAGAGAGAAAAAGAUUUGAUCAAGUUUUUACAGGAAAAUCUUGACACAUAUUAACACUACAAGUCGCAAUACAACUAUUAUGUGACUUAAGGGUCCAAAUGAGGACAAAACUUACUCUUCCAGUUCUCAAAAUGUCUGACUUCUCUCUGCCUUGUCGCAUGUGCUUGAGUGACAAGACAAAAGGACACCGAGAAUCCGAUUUGGAAGAAACUUGCUUGAUCUGAAAAUGGUCAAUGUGGCGCUCACGACAGCAACUUUAAGGGACAGACAUAUUUUAGUCAAAAUAAAAGACAGAAUUUCAAA